GUGCGAUGCAGAAAGGCUCGUGGGGGGGGAACUGAGGCACGAUGCUUGUGUGCGUGAAAUGAGUGUCGGUGUCUGAUCGGCUGAUGUGCCUGAACAGUUACAUGUCACAUCCAUACAUUAGUAAUCUCUGCUGCCCAUCGGCCUGAUAGUGUUCUUUGAAUUUCAACCCUUUUCCUUGUUACUCUCUUUUCUAGGCUGGACACUUAUUAUUUGGAAGACCACGUGGAUAUGAGACCGUACCCCAAGGUACGAGCAGCCUGAAUGUUUUGCAUGAAACAGGUGAUUCAUGGCAGGGGACGUGGAAGGGUUUAGCUCCUCCAUCCAUGACACCAGUGUCUCUGCAGGAUUCAGAGCACUGUAUGAGGAGGGAUUGCUUCUUGAUGUCACACUUGUCAUUGAAGACCACCAAUUUCAGGCCCAUAAAGCUCUGCUUGCCACCCAGAGUGAUUACUUCAGGAUUAUGUUCACAGCUGACAUGCGAGAACGAGAUCAGGACAAAAUCCAUUUGAAAGGUCUGACAGCUACAGGCUUCAGUCAUGUUCUCCAAUUCAUGUACUAUGGAACUAUUGAACUGAGUAUGAACACUGUUCAUGAAAUCCUUCAGGCUGCCAUGUAUGUCCAGCUUAUAGAGGUGGUAAAGUUUUGCUGCUCUUUUCUCUUAGCUAAAAUCUGCUUAGAAAACUGUGCAGAAAUUAUGAGACUUCUGGAUGAUUUCGGUGUAAACAUCGAAGGAGUCAGGGAAAAACUGGAUUCCUUUCUGCUAGAGAAUUUUGUGCCACUCAUGUCCAGACCUGACUUCCUUUCAUAUCUGAGCUUUGAAAAGCUCAUGUCUUACUUGGAUAAUGAUCAUCUGAGCAGGUUUCCAGAGAUAGAGCUGUAUGAAGCUGUUCAGGCCUGGCUGCGCCAUGAUAGAAGACGCUGGAGGCAUACGGACACCAUCAUUCAGAACAUCAGGUUUUGUUUGAUGACACCAUCCAGUGUUUUUGAGAAGGUAAAAACAUCAGAGUUUUAUCGAUACUCCCGGCAGCUGCGACAUGAGGUUGACCAAGCCAUGAAUUACUUUCAUAGCGUUCACCAACAGCCUUUGAUGGAAAUGAAAUCGAACAAAAUUCGUUCUGCCAAACCCCAGACUGCAGUAUUUAGAGGAAUGAUAGGACACAGUAUGGUAAACAGUAAAAUUCUUCUCUUGCACAAACCAAGGGUCUGGUGGGAACUAGAGGGUCCUCAAGUACCUUUGCGACCAGACUGCCUUGCUAUUGUAAAUAACUUUGUGUUCUUACUAGGUGGGGAAGAACUGGGGCCAGAUGGUGAGUUUCAUGCUUCAUCCAAAGUGUUCAGAUAUGACCCAAGGCAGAACACUUGGUUGCGAAUGGCAGACAUGUCUGUUCCACGCUCUGAGUUUGCAGUUGGAGUUAUUGGGAGGUAUGUUUAUGCAGUGGCUGGGAGAACCAGGGAUGAAACGUUCUACUCCACUGAACGGUACGAUAUUACAGAAGAUAAAUGGGAAUUUGUGGAUCCCUAUCCGGUCAAUAAGUACGGACAUGAAGGGACUGUGCUUGGUAACAAGUUGUAUAUCACUGGUGGAAUUACAUCAUCUUCAACCUCUAAGCAAGUGUGUGUGUUUGAUCCCAGUAAAGAAGGGACAGUAGAGCAGCGAACAAGGAGAACUCAAGUGGUCACUAACUGCUGGGAGAACAAAUGCAAAAUGAACUACGCAAGAUGCUUUCACAAAAUGAUUUCUUACAAUGGUAAGCUUUAUGUUUUUGGUGGUGUCUGUGUGAUCCUGAGGGCCUCCUUUGAAUCUCAAGGAUGUCCUUCUACAGAGGUGUAUGACCCCGAUACGGAUCAAUGGACUAUAUUGGCUUCUAUGCCAAUUGGUAGGAGUGGUCAUGGUGUAGCUGUUCUGGACAAACAGAUAAUGGUUCUUGGAGGCCUUUGUUACAACGGUCAUUACAGUGAUUCGAUUCUCACCUUUGAUCCAGAGGAAAACAAAUGGAAAGAAGAUGAAUAUCCGAGGAUGCCGUGCAAGCUGGAUGGCUUACAAGUCUGCAGCUUGCACUUCCCUGAAUAUGUUUUGGAGCAUGUUAGACGUUGCAGCUAAAACUGAGUGAACAACCCAGUGAAAUACAAAAAACUAUACUGAAUUUGUUAAAAAAACACAAACCAGUUAAAUUCCUUCAGAGACAUUUCCUUGUGUGUGAGAACAACUGCUAAAUGCUCAAGAGAAACAGGAUGUACAGGGAAUGUACUUACCAAGUUUAUUAGAAAAGCCAAUAGUUGGUCUGACCUUGUAAAAGCUUUGUUGUUAUGGGGUUUUUUAACAUAACUGUAAGUAUGAAAAAAAUAAAUUUUUGAGUGUGCUUGGGUUUUUUUCUAACAUUUUAUGUCCAUAAUAUUUUAUCUUUUUUUUUUUUUUAAUGGCCGUUUUGCCACUAUGCUUUUGAAAUAAGUUGAGUUUGACAAAAUAUUUGUGAAAGGCAGAGAAGAAAGAUUUUAUUUGCGUUUUUAUUGAGCAUCAAAAUAAACCUCAUCAUCUGUACUAGGGUACAACCACAUAUAAGAUAACAAAACCAAACCCUUUCUGUGUUUUAUGUUGUCUUUUAGAUGCUUUUCCCAUUAACUACAAAGAAUUCUUAAAUCUACUAGGUGUUUUUGUUUUCCUUUAUUUGCUUUGGAGAAGAAUUUUAACCCCUUUGCAUGACCUUUCUCCUGGUUUUGUAUAGUGGUACCAGUAACUACCAAACUGCAAAUUACACAUUUUCUACUAAAUUGAAAGCAAAGCAUUUUUAUAUUCAAAACACUGUUUCUAUGCUGCCUUCUGUUGUCUGCAUUGUGUUUGUUGGUGAGUAAAAAAAGUAUACAUACAUGUGCAUACACUGUAAAAACUGUAUAUAAAUGCAUCUUUUUAUUUGCAGUUACAAUAUUAUAUUUUAACUAGUGCACAGGUUCAGCCAUAUCUGUUGAAUUUAAGGUAUUCUUUAAUAAGCUAAAUAAUUCAAAGUUCUUAAGUAACUAGAGUUACUUAAGAUACCAUUUGGUAUCAAAGUAGCUUAUCUUUAGAUAUACUGAUUGAUUCAGUAACUUUAAACUCUUUGUAUUGUUGCUGCAUAAUGAACUGUUGAUUAUUUGCUGGGUUAUAAAUUAUUUUUUAAAAAGCAAACUCAUCUUACCUGAGUUUCUUUUCGGUUUCAAUGUGCUGCCCAGUUUUCUUUUUUCAUGAAAAUGGAAAAUAUCGAUAAGCAAAUGCUCAGCACUGCUGUGACCCACAGUUAUUUUUGGAACUGGAUACUGGAUAUACUACAGUUUAUUCUCAGUACUUUGCUUGUACUCGCAUUUCAAUAUGAGUACUUGUAUUGAAGUGGUGUAAUCUUUUUAUUAUAAUUAUUUUAAUUAUUAACUGUUAAGAACUACUGUGUUUUGAAAGUGUGGGGUUCGGUGAUUGGAUGAUUGAUGUAAUUUCUGUUUCUUUUAUAAAAAAACCUACAUAACUAUGGCUACUGACCUCAGAGUGCCUGAAACGAGAUGUAUGGUCCUAGAGGGCUUUGAAUAACUCCACUGAGUUUAACUUACAGGUAUAACUGUCAGUAGAUUGGUAAAAAUUAUCUACCAAGACAUAAAUAAUAACAGUAAUUGCAUUUUGAUUAUCUUUAUGGAUAUGAAAUUAGCCACUUCUGGAACCUCAAGGAGAAGUUGAAGGCUCACAGUUCAAAUGCUGAAACAUGCAGCUGCAUAUUCUGUAAAAUCUUAUGCUGCUGUGUUUCACUUCAGGCAAUGGACUUUAUAUGCAGCAGUGCUAAACCACUUUAUUCAGCAUCUUCCAGUCAGAAAUCACUGUAGAAAAGGAAUGUACAGUACUCAGGGAGUUCAAAAGAAUGCACUUACAAAGGGACCAAAAUCACCCUAAAUUUUCUAUGUUAAAAAUAACACCUACUGGAACGAAGUUUGAAAUAAUAGGAGUUAAAACAACUUGUAGAACUCCUCAUACUGUGUUUUGAUAUUUUUGUAGUAAUUAUGUCCUGGGUUGAAAUGUGAGUAUUGGAGCUAUAUGGCAAGUCAGCAAAUUUUUAAAUUUUUUUUUUUAAUUGUUAGAAAUUAUUUAAUUAUCAAGUAUUUUCUUUUCAUAUGUUUUAAAAGAAAGAGGUAGUGCAUGCCAUCAUAGCUGUAGUGAUAAGCUAUUUACACCAGAAGUGGCUGGACCAAAUACUGAUAUUCAGCCUUCUGAUACAGGCUAGUUUGCAGUUAAAUUUGUCUUUUUUAAUAGGAAUUCAGUUGACUGAAUUAGAAAUCUAAUUUACUUUCUUGAUAUUUUAAGGUAAAGCCACUGUGGCUUACACUAAAACCUCAGUUUCACAACAUCUCCCUGCGUGGGUACAGAGAGAAACUGACUCCAGUAGGUGCUGGCUCUGUGCUGACUGUACAUAGUUCAUGGAAUAUUGAGGCACAAGAGAAAAAACCAAGAGGUUUUAAAAUAUUUUUUUAUUAUUAUUCUGUUUGUCACCAGGUCAUUUCUCACUAAGUUAAUGGGGCAGCAAAAACUAAUCCUGCCUGAGAGGGCUUUCAUGGGCACGUUCUGUACAGUACAGAGUACUUCACUUUUAUCUGGGGCCGUGUGGGGGGAAUGGACGUAGUUCUGGAUAUCUGGUGUUCAGGAUUCAAAUGUCUGAAGAGACCCAGCCAAGACUUUAUUAAAACUAUCAGUAAAGAUGGGGGUGUGUCAAGGUAUGGUUUGGAGUCUGUAUUUGAGCCCCUUCUGAGGUUCUGUGUACAGGGCAGCUGCCACUGAAGUCAUUGCUGAGUACACUUGAAGAGCCAGAUUGGUUUUGGUGCUCUGCUUUUAGAUUAGUAUCUAUCUUGAGGUGCCCAGCUCUGAAAGUUCUUAUUCAGGACUGUAAUAGUAAUUGUUCUGUGAAAUUUUAAUUGAACUGUUGGUUUCGGCUUCCUUGAAAGCUGUGUCUCCAUUGAGAGGCUGGCUGCUACCUUUCCAGCAUUAGGAAUGAUUGGAAUUUGCUGGGGUUUAGAAUGUGUGGGGGUAUGUGAGUGUUUUGUCAAUUUACAUUUCUACUGUGCUUCUGUUGUUUCAGACAUGAAAUAUAAAAUGAGCUUACUCUCUCUUUUAUGUUGCAGUGGAACUUUUAAGGCAGCUAUUUUUGUUACUUUAUAUGUCGGAGGGAUUCUUUAUUUUAAUUGAAAGUCUGUGUUUGCUUUUAUUAUUUAGCACCAGAUAAUUUAGUGUUUAGAUAGAAACAAAACUAAGCUGGCUAAUUAGAAUUGCCUAUUAUGAAAUUUUGAGCAUUAUGAUCAGAUUAAGAUGAGUUUAAAAAAAAACCAACACUUAAAUGCCUCUCAUUUGUUAAGGAAAAGGUAAGUUUCAAUCUUUGAUUACUAAGUUUAGGGAAGUUCUUUUUCUAUUCCCACCCCAAGCAUAAUGGAAUACCAGCAAACCUAAUGUCACCCACAUAUUUAAAAUUCAACACAUGACCUGCUUUGAAAAGGAAGUGUACUUGCCUUUUUUU